AUGGACUCUCUCAUCGACCUCAACGAUGCUUCCAAAGCUCUCGACCUGAACCGGAUCCGGUACCAGUUGAUCCGUCUCGAGGACACCAUCACCUAUCACCUCAUCGAGCGUGCUCAGUUUGCUCUGAAUAGGUCCAUCUACAUCCCUGGAGCCCUCAACAUCCCCGACAGCGAGCUCAGCUUCGUGGACUGGUACCUGCGCGAGCAAGAGCGGUUGCAAUCCAUCAUCCGCCGUUACGAGUCCCCUGACGAAUACCCCUUCUUUCCAGACGUCGUGCAGAAGCCCAUCCUCAAGCCUCUCAACUACCCCAAGGUCUUGCACCCGAACAAUGUCGACGUUAACGACAAGAUCCGCCGGUUCUAUGUCGACUCUCUCCUGCCGGCCAUGUGCCCCGACUUUGGUCGCAGCGAGGACCGCGGCGAGUCGCAGGAGAACUACGGCUCGAGCGCCACCUGCGACAUUGCGUGCCUUCAGGCCCUGUCGAGGCGCAUCCACUUUGGCAAGUUCGUCGCCGAGUCCAAGUUCGUGUCGGAGCGGGAGCGUUUCGUGAAGCUCAUCAAGGCGGAGGACCGUAAGGGCAUUGCGGACGCCAUCACCAAGCCAGAGGUGGAGAAGAAGGUGCUCGAGAGGCUGCGACUCAAGGUCACGACGUACGGAACAGACCCGUCCAACGCGACGAUAAUCGGGGACGUGAAGCCAAAGAUUGACGUCGACGCUGUCGUGUCCAUGUAUGAGAAUUUUGUGAUACCCCUGACGAAGGAGGUCGAAGUGGAGUACCUGAUGCAGCGGCUCGAGGAGACGGACUAA